UCGUUACUUAUGUGUGCGAUGCGCUCGUUCGUUUUCUCUUUUAUUAAUUUAUUUCUUUUAAAGUCCUGUGUUUAUUUCCGUUUCUAAAGCUUGUGUAACAAUGCAAUGAGAAAGUUCUGUAUUCCCUGACAAUAUCGUGCUCAGUGCAAGUUUUUGCGAACUUUCGCGUGUGUUUUGUUGUUUCGCUGAUUCGCUCCAAUUUUUUAUCAAAAUACUCACCAAUGAAGAUACUCUGACUGGCAUUGAGGAAAUGGCGGGCGGCGUGCUGUGGUCGCGGCGGCUCGCGGCGCGCAUGCGCGUGCUGCGCGGGCUCGUGCGCGACACGCGCCGCUCGUUGCGCGACGUCGCCGACGCACUGGAGCUGGGUAAGUGAGAGCGAGAUGGCUGAGUUAGAGGGAGACGGGCGGCGUGCUGUGGUCGCGGCGGCUCGCGGCGUGCAUGCGCGUGCUGCGCGGGCUCGUGCGCGACACGCGCCGCUCGCUGCGCGACGUUGCCGACGCACUGGAGCUGGACAUGAGAGACGUCUCCAGCCGCGUCGAAGAAAUAGGAGACGCAUCGGGGCGUCCGGCAGCCAUUGUUGUUCUGGGGACCAGCGCCGCCGCGCGGGCGCGCUUGCUGCAUUCCCUCCUCGGGCGUCGCCUGCUGCCAGAACCGGCGCCAAAUCAUUGCCGCUGGCUCCGGAUACAGUAUGGUAGCAGCACCCAAGUGCAUCUCACGCUCGGUAACUCGGAAUUCGAGCUGGUCGAAGAUUUGGAGUGCAACAAGGCUCCUUGGGAAACUUUGCCGCUUGAAGAUCUCAUCCGCCAAGACUCAACAGACUACUCAACCAUGUUAGAAGUCGAACUGAACAUUCCCAUACUAAAAGACGGUCUUCGCAUCAUCGUCCCACCAGACAUAGCUGCUGACGAGACCACCCUGCCCAAACUAAAACAAAAAUACUUAGAACUCUACGAAAAACGAGAUGUGAUACUAAAACUGUUCAACCCCAUAUACUUAUACGCGAUAGAUAGGAUAGGUAAAAAUGUGUUCAGUGAUGAUAUAUCGAGUGAUAACGUUGUGUGCUCUAAAAGUGAGGAGGAGUUUUGGACUAUGUUCGAUAUGUAUCAGUCGCAUAAUAGUGAGACUGAGGAGAAAGAGUGUGUUGUUGAGAAAGUUAGGAAGUGGAAAGCUAGGGAUGGCGACGAUUUUGUGCUUACGGCGGAGAACUGCUUAGACCUCCACCAAAUAAAAGAGAUCAACCACAACGCGCAAGUUCUCUUCGCAUUAUUCGCGGACAGCCAACCCGGAGAAAGAGUGGACCUUUGGUACGAUGCCACAGAAUCUACGGAAGAACCGUGCUGUUUAGGAGAACUGCCAGAAUCGGAUCAGGAAUUGGUGGAAGGAAUAAGGAGACACUCGGAUGAUUCUCCAAUAAGCAAAAGACUGACAGUAAGAUAUAGCGAAGAAAGACUUGAAAGACUGAGCGAGGAACGAGUGGCCUUCAUGAACGAAUUGUUAGAACAGUGGGAACUUAUGUUUCAUCCGCCCCCAAAACACCAAACAAAAAGUCAAUGGCUAAUAGUCGACGAUGUUGAAAUACUAAGAACAGUCGACAGCAAACCAACAGAGCGACAGGAGAGCGACAGAGUCGUUAACACUAGAACUGCUUUAGUAAACAGUGUUGUGGCGUUCGGGAGUGAUUGUCUACAGGAUUAUUUGUUGGAAAACAGUACUAAGCUUAGUGAGCGACAGGAAAGCGACAGAGUCGUUAACACAAGGACUGCUUUAAUAAAUAGUGUUGUGGCGUUCGGUAGUGAUUGUCUACAGGAUUAUUUGUUGGAGAAUAGUACUAAGCUUAGUGAGAUCCACGUGAAGUUAGUGCAGCAACUGAUACUGUCGUCGUUCGAGCUAGCUAGAGAAUUGCAAGUUGUUCCCAAGAAGAUACAGUAUGUCGCCGUACAGGAGAAGCAGCUUUUUGAGACAAUUUACCAGAAUUUCUCUGAAGGCGAUAAGAAGAGUGCCCUGGUCGAGAUGAUGCAGGAAGUCUUACAAGAACUGAAGGAUGAAGUUAAUAACAUGGACUGGAGUAUAGAUGAACUACCAUGUCACCUAGAUACCCGCUAUCUAAUGACCAGUAUGUCCAACUCGACCCUUCUCAGCCAGUCCGUCCGUCCGUCCGGAUCGGAUUCCACAUCGGACGGCGAAGAGGCAGUCUCUUAUGACAGUUGCAGCUUCGACGAUUAUGAUAUUAUUAAUAGUCAUAGUAGCUUGGGACUAAGCGUGUUUAGUAAAGACGUGAUACGGAACCCUCGGUGGGCGAGUCCGACUCACACUUGUCCCAACUCAACCCUCAGCCAGUCUGUCCGUCCGUCCGGGUCAGAUUCUACAUCGGACGGCGAAGAGGCAGUCUCUUAUGACAGUUGCAGCUUCGACGAUUAUGAUAUUAUUAAUAGCCAUAGCAGCUUGGGACUGAGCGUGUUUAGUAAAGAUUCCGUCCAGUCACCAGCUGAGCGUAUACCGAUCGCAAACGAAUCGGAAUUGUUUUCAUUACAAUUCAGCAGCGCCUCGCAGUGUACUACAGGAGACUCGAUAUCUGUCAAACAGGCCUCAUUGGAUGUGCAACGCACUGUUCUCUCUAAGCUGAGUCGCAAAAUAAGCCUGAAGUUGGUUCCUUUCGUCGACUGUUUGAAGCAGACGUAUUUUGGUACACUACAGAGGUGUCUAGACGCCCUAGAAUCGACCUGCAGACAAGAGCUAGGUGGCAGACCAGCCAGUGAAGCGAUGAGAGAACUACUCUCAGUGACUCGUCAGGUGGACUUACAGCCCUGUGCUUCUUUCUCCACGCUCAGAACGCUGCUAGAGGCUGCUAGAAGACUGUUUCACAAAUUGCGGAUCGUAGGCGGUGACGAUGACGGCCCCUGCUGCGUCAUCAGUCCAGUAUGGCGGCGGCAAACCGCACUCAGCUGUCAACAAUCACUAAGCGCUACUAAACUUGCCCGCCUUAUCGCUACACAGCGACGGCCCCGCUGCGUCAUCAGUCCAGUAUGGCGGCGGCAAACCGCACUCAGCUGUCAACAAUCACUGAGCGCUACCAAACUUGCCCGCCUUAUCGCUACACAGAUUUUGGAACGCCUCAGCGUAGCUCACGAGCGAUACCAAGCAGCCCUAACCUCACUAGAAUCAGCUCUAGCCAGCCGGUUACACCACACAGAAGACGUCAAACUCGCUAUUAGGAAGAAAUACGCGCCUACCUUCGCUCGGUUGUGCUUGGAAAGUACCUCAGUGUGUGAUUUGCUGAUGUAUGGAACGCCGGAACUGGGAAGAGAGAUAGGGCGCGGACAAUAUGGCGUAGUAUACGCGGCGCGAGGAGCGUGGGGAAAACAUGAACCGGUCGCUGUGAAGUCUGUACUACCAGCUGAUGAGAGGCAUUAUAGAGAGCUGGCCAUGGAAUUCUUCUACACCAGGAGUAUCCCCCCUCACCCCCGCAUCGUGGCCGUCCACGGCUCCAUAGUGCAACGACGCGCCGGAGGAGCGUUAGGCGUCCUGCUCAUUUCCGAACGGAAAGAAAGGGACCUACACGCCGCGGUACGGGCAGGCCUGCAUUAUGCUGAGAGGAUGAGGAUAGCCUGCGACAUCGUUGAAGGAAUCCGAUACCUCCACUCCCUCGGCCUUGUACACCGUGAUAUCAAGAUGAAGAAUGUUCUCCUCGAUUCUAACAACAGAGCAGCUCUAUCGGACCUGGGUUUCUGCGCAGCCGAGGCGCUCAUGUCUGGCUCUGUAGUCGGGACCCCGGUCCACAUGGCACCAGAAUUACUCGCCGGCGAUUACGACGCUGCAGUGGACGUGUACGCCUUCGGCAUUCUGUUCUGGUACCUCUGCGCCGGCAACGUGAGGCUACCGGCGGCUUUCGAGGACUUUCAGAACAAGGAGCAGCUCUGGACCAAGGUCAAGAGAGGACUACGCCCCGAAAGACUGCCGCAUUUCACGGACGCAUGUUGGGCACUCAUGGAGACUUGCUGGACCCCAGAGCCUGCCCGGAGAGCAUUACUGGGAGAUAUACAACUACAGCUGGAAGGCAUCCUGCGUCACGCCCAGACGCAUCCCGCGCCGUGCGUCACACCCGGCGCCGACUCGGACGACAGCCUGGACAUGACGCUGCACUACCGGCCCAGUAUCGAUUACACUGCGCUAUGAUAAACACACUUAAGACCUCUAAUGCCGAAACGGGAAUCCGCGUACGAGGAAACUAUUAGAAAAAAAACUGGCACUCGAGAGGUUAAUAAAGAUGGCCAAAAUAUGAUUGGCAUCGAACUUGACGAAAAUCGAGUUUAUUGUGAACACGCCUGUUUCUGUAUCUAUAUAGACCCAGUAACGUUAAAUGUCAAUUCCAAGGUUAUUUUAACAGUAAAUUUUUAAGCGAAGGCGAAGGAAAGAAUGCGUUCAACAACAGUGAAAGGACAGUUAUUAUAGAUCUCGAAGCCCCGCGUCACACCCGUCGCCAAAUCUGCCGACAGCCUGGAUAUGACGCUGCCCUACCGGCCCAGUAUCGACUACACUGCACUAUAAUAACCACAUUUAAACCCUCGAAGGUCGAAACGCGAAUCCGCGUACGAGGAAACUAUUAAGAAUACUGGCACUCGGGAGGUUAAUAAAGAUGGCCAAAAUAGGGUUCAUGGAACUUAACGAAAAUUAAGUUGAUAGUGAACACUAUAUAGACCCAGUAACGUUAAAUGUCAAUCCCAAGGUUAUUUUAACAGUAAAUUUUUAUGUGAAGGCGAAGGAAAGAAUGCCUAAAACAACAGUGGAAGGACAUUAAUCAUUAUAGAUCUCGAAGCCCUGCGUCACACCCGGCGGUAAAUCUGCCGACAGCCUGGAUAUGACGCUGCGCUACCGGCCCAGUAUCGACUACACUGCACUAUAAUAACCACACUUAAGCCCUCAAAUACCGAAACGCGAAUCCGCGAACGAAGAAACUAUUUAAAAAAACCCGGCCUGCGUCACACCCGGCGCCAAAUCUGCCGACAGCCUGGAUAUGACGCUGCGCUACCGGCCCAGUAUCGACUACACUGCACUAUAAUAACCACACUUAAGCCCUCAAA